AUGUCAUCAUCAAUCUAUGAAAUAUUUCAUUAUACUCCUCCUAUUGUUAAUCAAUGUUCAUCAAUAAUUUUACCUAAUAAUACAUCUUUAAAUUCAUUACAACAAACAUUUAUACCAUGUCAAUUACAUAAUAUAACAGAUAAUUAUACAAAUCAUGUACAACUUGUUGAUAGUAAUUAUUUAAUGCGUGCACCUACACAUUUUGAUUGUUAUGUACUUUUAUUUUUUGCUCGUUGGUGUCAUUUUUCUAUUCGUUUUGCACCAUAUUUUAAUGCUAUACCACGUUCAUUUCCUGGUCUAGAUUUUGUUGCUUAUGAUGUAUCAAAAUCACUUCGUUAUAUGACUUAUUUUGGUACAAAUGCUGUACCAAGUAUAUUUAUAUUACGAAAAAAUAAAUUAUUAGCAAGAUUAAAUAGUACGAAUGAUAUACAAAUAUUAAUAUCUCUAAUUGAAUCAACAUUACAUUUAAACCAAACAAAUAAUGUAACAAUUGAAUAUGAAGAUCGAAUAGGACCUGUAACAACUAUAUUUGAACCAUCAUUUGAUUAUGCAUUACUUUUUUCAUGGUUAUUUGUAGGUUUAUUUAUUUAUUAUUAUGCUGAGAAGUAUAAUCUAUUGACGAUUAUUCGUCAGAGAUUUUCUCAUGAAAAUUGA